AAAGUUUCAAGAUGGCAGACACUUCGAGGCGACAGACUUCAAUGAAUGGUACAGGAUAUGUUUACUUAGGAUUUAGGGUAUAACACGUGUUUCUGUGCACUUAAGUUUUCAGUGAAUACAUCCAUGACACUAUAUCUGAAACACAAACUUGUUGUAUCGAAAAUAAACCAACGAAAUCUGCAAUUAAUAGACGAAACACAUCGAAACUGCACUAGGCCUAUUGAAACGUGACUACUGAAACAUGGUGUCUAGUUAAAAUGUUCACACCGGAGCUGAAAGGCAACAUUGCUACUGAUAUUACAUAGGACAUGUUUGUUCACAUUGUACAGUGAAUGGUGAAACACCUCUACCCUGAAAUGGGAAGUAAACCAACAGAAAGCCAUUGUGGGGACCAAACAGAGACGUGAUGUCAUUGUCAAAUGGGUCCCUUUCUGGGUCCCUGUCAGGGUCCAGUUCCGGGGGACUGCUGCGGCCUUCUGGGAGCUCCACAGAGACAGGGGGGACGAUUGGUGGGCAACAAACAGGAUCUCUCAUAGGGUCCUCAUCACAGUCUGCCCUCAAACCAAAGUCCCUAAAGGAAGAGGAGGAUGAAAUACUCAGGGAAAUUUGCAGCGUCAAUGGACUAAAUUACAACAAAAUUGAGAAUGGGGAGGUUUUUACAUGUACAGUGCUGGAGAUGUUUUUCUCUGGGAUGCCGAGGAUCGUGGCAAUGAGACACUUCCCUAAUGUGUCCUGCCUUACCCUAGUCGACCAGCAGAUUCAGAAAAUUGAGGGCCUGUCAUGUCUUAACAACCUCAAGGAACUGUGGAUUAGUGAGACAGGGGUCAAGAGAAUAGAAAAUAUUGGUGCUUUGAAGAAACUGCAGAAGUUGUACUUAUUCUCCAACAAGAUUAGUAAAAUAGAAAAUAUGGAUCACCUAGUGGAUCUGGAGGUGUUAUGGCUGAAUAGCAACAGUAUAGUCCACAUAGAGAACCUUUCUUCUUUAUGCAAACUGAAACAGUUGAAUCUUGCACAAAAUUGUAUUACCAAAAUAGGUCAUACUUUAGAUGCUAAUCAGAGUUUAGAGGAUCUUAACCUGUCAGGAAACAACAUAUCGUCGUUACGGGACCUAACUCACCUGAUGAGACUGUCCAAGCUACAGAGCCUGAGUAUGAAGGACCCAAUCUACUCACCUGCACCAGUCAGUCUGCUGUGUAACUACUCCACACAUGUGCUGUACCAUAUGCCCCACUUGGCCACACUAGACACGUACGACGUUAGCAAGUCUAUUGUGGACAUGGCCGAGACAACAGUGAUGAAAAAGAAAAUGUAUUACAACAUGAGAGUAAAGACGGUGAAGAGAAAUAUGGUCGACAUUUUAUCUAAGAUGGAAAUAUACAAACAACGUUUACUUGAGUCUCCUCGUGAGCGAAUUCGUGCUUUAGCAAGUUCAAUAAAAGAGGUGCGAACAGAACUCGAGGAAAUGCAUGAUUUCAACAAUUUGGUGCCAACCCGCAAAGUUUCCGACUCAUCUAAUGAUGAGGAGGAGCAUGAUGAUGAGGAUGCUGAACUUGUUUUGGCUGUUGAAAUAGAGAACCAGGCAAGAUUGCAACAUUUAGAUGAGAAUGGAGCUUUUGCCACAAAAUUGACAGCCAUAAAGGAGCGAAUGAAAAAAUGGGAGAAGAAAUGUGCAGAGAUAGAGAGUUACAUGACAGAGGCGAUGAGGCGGUUACAGCUGAGUUGUGAUACACUAGUCAACAGGAUGGUCCUGGAGCUGGAGUCUGGGGGCAAUGUACGGUUUGAGGAAGGGACGACCUCAGAUGUGUGGUUUUCAUCCUGCCAUGACCUAGUGUUAUCUCGUUUUUGUGCUACGGACUUCAAGGAUCAUGGGAUAUCUGGUGUCAAGAUCCACAGGAUCAUCCGAGUACACAACCGAAUGUUACGUACCCAGUUUGAUGAGAAGCUUGUGUCCAUUGUAGAUGACGGCGAUGGGGAGUUCUAUCCCUGUAAUAGAAACACAUCGUAUAAGAAGCAGUUAGAGUACUUGUUUUGGAUGUGGGACCCAUUACUUCUGGGUGGAGUACAGGAACCCAUGAGGGUGUUAGAGGAGGGUUACAUGGACUCCAACACAUACAAGGACCUAGGUCGGGAUGGAGCGGUGCCCCUCAGUAACAGUCUGAGUUUGGCUGACCGACACCGGAUCAAACAUCUCACAAAGAACUCCAACAAAGUUGAUGCUUGUCCAUUCAGAUAUGGUCAGCUGAUUAUUUCCAAGGUUUACUUGGGUAAAAGUGUAAAGGCCAUGGAUGAUCGACAGAUAACAAGAUUGUCAUAUCCAAAAAUCGAUGCUGUAUUUAAACCUAGGAAAAUGUGCCAAGGAAUAGAAUCUCACGGAGAUGGGUCUAACUCCUGUGAAUGCAGUUCUAGGCAGUGUGAAUGGUAUAUAUUUGACAAUGAUUUAGUGCUUCCAGAAUACAUAGUGGAAUUUGAGUACAUAACAAAGUUCCGGCCCAGAUCACCGUUCUCUUACUUCAAUGACCUACUGUUAGACAAUCGAGAAUGUAAGCUGCCAGCUGUACCACACGGAGAGGAGGAGAAGCAGACAGAUGAAGAUGUCCUCAGUAUGGAACCUGUGGCAAAGCAAAGACCAAGGAUGGUUGGUUUAACAGAAGAACUCCUACUGAAGACAUCCAAUACAGACUCCCUAGACAACAUUACUGUCCUCAACCUACAUGGUAAUGGCCUAACAAAGCUACGAUCCUUACAAGCUCUCAAGUCCCUUCGUAGACUAGUGGUCAGUUUCAAUGACCUUACCAAGCUUGAUGACUUGGCUUAUACGGGUUUAGAAUACUUGGAUGCAAGCUUCAAUAAAAUUUCAACAUUAGAGGGAAUGAAGAAUAUGUACAAACUGAAGUUGAUGGACUUGAGCUGGAAUAAGCUUCUACAUACGAGGGAUGAGUUGUCCAUUCUCAGGAAACACAUCAGUAAUCUUGUCACACUAGACCUUCGAAACAACAACUGGCAAAAGCCUGAAAAUCUAAGGUUACGUGUGAUUGGGCGCCUGAAAUCCUUGACCUUACUGGAUGGAUCAGCUGUAACGGAGAGUGAGGCGACAUCAGCUCUGAGGGUGGCAGCAGGGUCAAGGAUUUCCCAGCUAUCUCUCCUAACUCAUGGCCGAACGGACGAAUCAAAGCCACGCUCUCUUAAUUUACAGGCUGUUGCUGAAAUAUUGGAGAAAAUAAGCCGAUUGAAACCUGAAAAGUUUGGGGAAUCAGACAGUAUGUGGUAUAGCAAGGUAACUACGCUGAACAUGGACAAUCAACAUAUCACUAAGUUGUCUGGCCUAGAGCGGAUGGACAACCUCCGAUAUGCCUCCUUCAACAACAACGAUAUCACCAAGAUUGAGGGCCUGGACCAGUGUACCAACUUAGAGGAGCUUUCCCUUGAGAACAACUGUGUGGCGCGACUGGAAGGUAUCUCUAAACUUGUAAACCUACGAAGACUUAGUCUAGGUAACAACUACAUUACGUCUGUGGAGAACGCUGGUCUGCAGUUCUUAUUGUUGUUGGUGUACUUGUCUAUGGAGAACAACAAAUUGAUCUCGCUGGCAGGGAUGCAGAAGAUGUCUAGUUUAGUGGAACUCUAUGUGGGCAAUAACCUCAUCUACAGCGUGAGAGAGGUGUUUUACCUAAAGGUGCUUUCCAAUUUAGUUAUCCUGGACUUGUUCGGUAACCCUGUAGCCACGGAGAUAGACAAUUACCGAUUGUUUGUCAUUUACCAUCUGAAGAACCUGAAAGCGUUGGAUGGUGUAGCCAUUAAAGUGAAGCAAUCAGCUCUUAAGUUGAUGGACAGGCCAUAUUUCAGUGCUAUGAAAUUUGUGGGUGACAAAACUUUGUUGGAAGCCACAGAAGGGAGCAUGGCCAAGGACACUUUCGGUGGUCGUCUCACUCCGGACUUUGUCGCAGAGAAGCUUAGCCACUCCAACUUUCAGGAUGUACGGGAGCUUGACCUUCCAAACUGUUCCAUUCGAAUUGUUGACCUUGGAGCUGGAGAUACCUUCAUCAAUUUGCGCAGUGUAAACCUAGAACACAACAAUCUGACCUCGUUCAGUGGCCUAAUCCACCUGCCAAAUAUACGAGUCCUUUGUCUCAACCACAAUCAUAUAGAGUGUAUCAUGCCAAAAUCUAAGCCUGUCCCGAGACAAAAAACCACAGUCAAUAUGACUAAUGUAAGGAACCUGGACUUUCUCAAUGACGGAAAUUUGACUCCUAUCAUGGAGAACCUGGAGGUGCUUCAUUUAGGUUACAAUAGCAUCAAGGACUUGGCCACUUUACAGCUGAGCAGAUUGACCUCAUUGAAGGCUCUCUUCCUCCAAGGAAAUGAUCUCACUAAAGUGGAGGGAAUUGAAGGACUACAUGAUUUGAGGGAGCUGGUGCUAGAUAGAAACAGGAUCAAGAGUAUCUCCGAAAUGUCAUUUGCUAAUCAGUGGAACUUACAGGAGCUCCACUUGGAGGAGAACCGGAUCCGGGACCUGUCUAAUCUGAACUGUAUGGAACAUCUUCAGAGGAUGUACCUUGGCUCCAACCGUAUACAGGAAGUAUCAGAACUACAGAAACUGGAAGGCCUGGAUAACUUAAUUGAAAUAUCUCUUGUCAACAAUGCUGCUGCACGCCGACACCUGCAUCGUCCUAUACUGGUAUUUAAGCUAAAGCAGUUGCUAGUGAUUGACGGUCUUCCAGUCAGUGAGGAGGAACGGACAAAGGCAGAACUGUACUUCAUGGACCAACAGCCGGUGAUGACGUCCCAGGGGCCAGUGUCAGAUGGUACACUGCCUGGCAUCAGUCAAUACAAGGCCCAAGUACCGGUCAAGGUGACCACAAUGAACCUGGGCACCUCCCCGAUGUGGAAUGGUGGUGUGAUGUAUGACAACGAGCCUUCAGAUUCACUGCAGAGAGUGGUCAGUACUGGUGGUGGCCGUCGUCGGACAACCAAGGGGUCAGAAAAUGGUAAUGGUGUGGGUCUCAAUCGGGGCAACACAGUGGUCAACAUGCAACAGGGUCAAGGUUACGGUGGCUUCUCCUACACCACAAACGCUGGCAACCGGCCGCAGUUCUAUCUCAAUCAAAUACCUUAUGUCAACCCACCCACACAGUCUGAGUAUGUUGAGUGGUUUUCAAGGAUAAACCAAGCCAAAAAUAACAAAAGAUAACACAAAGGACAACCACAACUGAUUUCAUGUCACACGACUUUUCACUACUUAUAAUGAUGCUGAAUGCCCAAGUUCAACAAAAGACAAUGCCAAGGGCAGACAACUCAUUGAAACAAGUCACAGAACUUUUCUGUUAGUUGAAGAUUCUGAAAGCCCACAUUUAACAAGAGACAACACAAUGGGCGGACUAUUUGUGUUUUCAGAAUCAGGAAUUAGUGAUGUUGCUCAAUAGAAAAAAAUCACCAGAAAAUGCUACCACAAUCAUCCCUACUGAAGACUGAUGGUGGGAUUGACACCACUCACGUACAAGGUAGGUGGUAGGGCCCUACCUACCUCCCUAUAAUGAUGAGAUCGACCCCACCCAUACAACGGGGGUCAGACUCUUCAUCCCUCACUGUGCAAUACAUACUGGACAUGCAAUCUCUCAUCAUGCGGUGUGUAGUUGGUCGUAGUGUGGCCUUGACAUUUGACUGUGACUUUUGAUCUUCUGACUGUUCAGUCACAUAUGUGUUCAUUUAUAUUACACAUACUGAACUUAUUACGAUGGUGAUAUAAAGUUAUCAAUGAAAGGGUACGACUGUUUGACAGUAUGUGUAAGUGUGCCUAGCAACAUAAUGUCAUAAACUCAGUUGUUAUGGAAACCAUUUUACCUCAUCACCUGCGUAACUAUGGAAGGACCUCUGUCAUCUAGCUAACAUUGAUGACAAAGCUAUUGGGAUCAUAUUUGAUGAAUUUCUAUUUAAAUUAUUGAAAUAUUUAUUCAAUGAGUUGUGAUAGUUUGUUUAAUAUAAAUAUUUUAUGUUAAUGUGAUAAGCUGCCCACAAUAUUUAUGUGCACAUUUUGGAGUUUUGCAUGUAUAUAUUUUAUGACUUUGGUUAAAUCAUAACAUUUUUUUGUUAUAUUUUAUAUAAAACAUGAUAUUGAUGUUGCUGAGUAAGCAAAGAGUAACAGGUAACUAUAUCUCAUGUUUGAAAAAUGACACCUUAAAAAGGUUUAAUCAUGUGUAUUCUAAAAUAUAGAACUUUAAAUGUCCUGGGGUAUUGUUAUAUAUUUGUUGACAGUUAUAUUUACAGAGCCACAAUUAUCCUUUUUUAAGAUAGAUGAUUUUUCUUCUGACAUUUCAUUCAACUAUAUCUUAAUAGACAGUAGACUAUUAUAUAAAUGGAGUUUACAUUAAAAUUUUAAUGGGGGGGGGGGAUCUUAAAAUGAAAAGGGGUAAUGAAAAAUCCAUGUUUUACAAAAUUAAGAUAUAAUAGUAUUGUUAGCUUUGAAAUACAAUUGAGGACAAAUAUAAAGAUGACAGAUUGAAUCCCUGAAAGGAAUACUGAUUAAUCUUUUGUGAUUGUUUUUAGUUAUAAAGGUCCAAUGUUAAUCCAGUUUCUGUGAUGAAAUGUUAUUUUUGUUUAUUGGAGGUUAUUGUUUAAAAUGACAAAAGUUCAAUCAAAAUGUUUGUUUGAUUAUGAAUAUAUUCCAUUUACUUACAGUUGGUACUAACUGACCCCAUUACAGAAAAAUGCAUUGUUCUAAAUAAUUAUGUGCAUAUUAUGUGAUAAAAAAAUCACUAUGUUUAAUUCAAGAGCAUGUCAUAAUUCAAUGUAUUACUCAUUACAAGUUGGUAUGUUAGAAAAUGUACUGUGUAAGUAAGGUAAGGCAAAUAAGGCAAGUCCGUGUGUGCUAGUGUAUUGUAUGGGUAAAUGUGUCUCCUACAUGAACUUUGGUAAGGCACAUGUCAUCCACAAAUAGCCACCUAUUUAGGUCAGGGGAUGUAAAUCACGUGUGCCACCAACAUGUAUAUAAGUAUAACGUGUGUCACUUGUGUGUGUUAGUGGAUGCAAGCAGAUGUGUUGCCCAUAUAAUCCGGUGAGGAUUAUUAAACAGUGUUACCUCUGUAAAUUGUUAUUAAGAUAGAGUGUUAUUGAAACAAUAGAAUUGUUAUAGAGAUGUGUAAGUGUGAAUCUCAGCCUGUUCAGUUAUGAUACAAGAGUGUGAAGUGAUAGAUUCGUUAUAUAAUAACUUCUCCCACUUCUAUUUAAAACUUGGUUCUUUACAUAUGUUUUAAGUAGGACUUGCCAGUCUUGUUAUCUAAUUGCAACUUAAUUACAUUACUAAGUAAAAAUAAGUUUAAUUGAAAUAUUUGAAAGUUACAGAGUUGUAUGAAAGAGUCUGGAAAGUGGUUACAAACAAGUGAAACAUUUUCAUAUUAAAUCACAUCAGUCAGUCAUGUCCUUUGAUGGAAGUAAUUAAGGUGAACAAGUCACUAGACAGUGUUUAAUUUUUAUGAAAGCAUGUAACUAUUAGUGAAAUCUUGCAUAAUAGUAUCUCUGUUGUAAAAUAAGUGAUUUUUCAGCUGUUGUCAGUUUGUAUCAGACUUCAGCCUUGUUACAGCUGCCAUCUAAUCUGGUUCUACAACUCUAUCGAUCCUCUGUCAGUGUUUUAGGGGACAUGUUGUCUCACUUUCCUGUCAGUGUUUAGGGGACAAGUUGUCCACUUUCCUGUCAGUGUUUUAGGGGACAAGUUGUCUCACUUUCCUGUCAGUGUUUUAGGGGACAAGUUGUCUCCCUUUCCUGUCAGUGUUUUAGGGGACAAGUUGUCUCACUUUCCUGUCAGUGUUUUAGGGGACAAGUUGUCUCACUCCUCUGUCAGUGUUUAGGGGACAAGUUGUCUCACUCCUCUGUCAGUGUUUAGGGGACAAGUUGUCUCCCUUUCCUGUCAGUAUUUAGGGGACAAGUUGUCUCACUUUCCUGUCAGUGUUUAGGGGACAAGUUGUCUCACUUUUCUGUCAGUGUUUAGGGGACAAGUUGUCUCACUUUCCUGUCAGUGUUUAGGGGACAAGUUGUCUACUUUUCUGUCAGUGUUUAGGGGACAAGUUGUCUACUUUCCUGUCAGUGUUUAGGGGACAAGUUGUCUCACUUUCCUGUCAGUAUUUAGGGGACAAGUUGUCUCACUUUCCUGUCAGUGUUUAGGGGACAAGUUGUCUACUUUUCUGUCAGUGUUUAGGGGACAAGUUGUCUCACUUUUUCUGUCAGAGUUUUAAGGGGACAGAUUGUCUCAUAUCACUCCUUUAUAAAACAGAUUGGCCUGCAUUCACAUACUUGUCCCCAAAAUGCAGUACUUUCCCACUCUAGUCUCUUUUACUGGGAACUUAAGUCUAAGUUGACUUUAUUUUCUACUAAAAAAAAAAAAAGAUGGCUGUAUUUUAAGGUCCCAUUGUGUACUUGUCUGGUGAUUGGGUUGCUAUUUAAAUAUCAUGUUUGAAUUUUCCUGAAAUAGAAAGUUAAAUGAAUUUUGUGGUGAAAGCACUAACAAUAUAGGAACACUGGACAUACCUGUAUCAGCUUAAAAUUCUAAGGUGUAGCUGUUUUAUUAGCCUCCUUUUACAUAACAUUUGUAAAAAUCUAAAAAUGUAAGUUUCCUUAAGUACCCUGCCAAAUAUUCGACAGUGUUCAAAAUUUCAUCAAGAAAGUUAGUACAAAGCUUAAAAACUAAUUUGAGAUUUGUUGGAAUUUUGAUGGAGAACUUCUAGAACAAAGUAUAUUGAUCAUUUAUAGUCAUGUACUGUGACAUCAACAGUUUGUUCAAUGGUGCUUGUACCAGUACAGGUAUUCUUGUCUGAUGUUUAUGCUAACUCAGUUUAUGCCUAACAUUAACAUUCCAGAGUGUUGUCUUGAUUAGAAAUAAAAUGAAUUUAUAAUUCUUGCAUCAAAGAUGACUAAUUAAGAUAAUAAUAAAUGAAAUAAAAAAUAAAUUAAAUGACA